AAACGCCAUCAAAAUGCGUUUUCAACGUUUUCGUCACGUACCUUCCAGGUCCCGACUAGGCACACACACUCUCUCUCUCUACUUUAUCCUCUUUUCUCUCUGGGCUCUUCACUUUCCUCAUUUUACCCUUCCAUACUUCACUGUUUCACCAAAAGCCGCGUCGUUUCAGGGGCAUAUCCGUCAUUUCAAAUUCAACCCUCGAGAAGCCAAAUUCGUAUUCUUCUUCGUGCUCCCUUCUUUAAGAGUGACUAACCAAGCCUCACUGAUCGGUGACCAAAAUGGCUGAAAACGGGGAAGAGAAAUUGCUGGCUGUGGCGCGGCACAUAGCAAAGACGCUGGGCCACAACAACCACAACAUAGCCGAUGAUAUCCUCCAAAUAUUCUCCAACUUCGAUGGUAGAUUCUCCAAAGAGAAGCUAUCUGACGAUGGUGCGGGGAAUGAUCCCAUGGGUUGCGCUGCACUCGAACAGAAACUUAACUCUAUUGACCGUCGGAUCUUGUGCCACGUGUCUUCUGAUCAAUCUAUCUGGUCUAACUCCGCUGAUUCCGCCUCAUUUCUCGCUGCCGUCGACGAACUCGUUGCUGCUGUCGAAGACUGGAGUCCUCUGGCUAGUGACAAGGAGGUAGGCGCGUGCCUCCUACGCGCCGAUGAGAUGCUUCAACAGGCUAUGUUCCGCGCGGAGGAUGAGUUCCGCUCUCUCAUGGAGCUCGGCGGCGAUUUGUACGACUUGACUCGGAACAACGGCGGCUCAACUCGGAACGACGACUCGCCGUUUGACUCGGAUGACGACGAAGAAGAAGAAAACGACGGCGGCGGCAAUGACCUGAUUCCGGUGGCAAAGCCGGUGAGUGAUUACGACGUAGUGAUCGACUCGCUGCCGCCGGGGACAGUGAACGAUCUCCGCGAGAUUGCGAAGCGCAUGGUGGCGGCGGGGUUCGGGAAAGAGUGUUCGCAUGUGUAUGGCGUUUGCCGGAGGGAGUUCUUGGAGGAGAGCAUGUCGAGGUUAGGUUUGCAGAAACUGAGUAUUUCGGAGGUUCACAAGAUGCCCUGGCAAGAGCUCGAAGAUGAGAUUGAGCGAUGGAUGAAGGCGUCCAAAGUCGCUCUCAAGAUUCUGUUCCCUAGCGAGCGGCGUCUCUGCGAUCGUGUCUUCUCCGGCCUCUCCUCCUCCUCCGCCGAUCUCUCCUUCAUGGAGGUCUGCCGCGGAUCGGCGAUUCAGCUGCUGAACUUCGCGGACGCCGUCGCGAUCGGGAGCCGCUCGCCGGAACGGUUGUUCAGAGUCCUCGACGUGUUCGAGACGAUGCGUGACCUGAUUCCCGAAUUCGAAUUGUUGUUCUCCGAUCAGUACUGCGCGUUCCUCGUUAACGAAGCCGUCACGAUUUGGAAGAGGUUGGGGGAAGCGAUUAGGGGAAUUUUCAUGGAAUUGGAGAAUCUAAUUAGCCGAGAUCCGGUGAAGGCGGCGGUUCCCGGGGGCGGACUUCAUCCGAUCACACGCUAUGUGAUGAACUAUCUCCGCGCCGCAUGUAGGUCGCGGCAAACCCUAGAACUAGUUUUCCAAGACAAUGAGGUUUCAUUGAAGGAUUACCCUCAGCUUGAGGAUAGGUUGCAAUUGCAAUUGCAACCUAACUCCUCGUUUUCUAUUCAAAUCACUUGGAUUAUGGACAUAUUAGAACGCAAUUUGGAAGCGAAAUCUAAAAUCUACAAGGACCCUGCUUUGUGCUCUGUUUUCAUGAUGAAUAAUGGGAGGUACAUUGUUCAGAAGGCUAAAGAUAGUGAAUUGGGAACACUUUUAGGCGAUGAUUGGAUUCGAAAACACACUGGCAAAGUCCGGCAAUGCCAUGUGAGCUAUCAAAGAAGCUCCUGGAACAAGUUGCUCGGGUUUCUCAAAGUGGAGAAUAAUGGGUCCAUGUCAAUGGCGGCAAAACCUAUGAAGGAGAAGCUCAAGUUGUUCAACCAUCAUUUUGAGGAGAUUUGCAGGGUGCAGUCUCAGUGGUUAGUCUUUGAUGAACAGCUCAGGGAAGAAAUUCGGAUUUCGCUGGAAAAGAUAUUGUUGCCUGCAUAUGCAAGCUUCAUUGGAAGGUUCCACAAUGUCCCGGAACUUGGCAAGCAUGCUGAUAAGUAUGUCAAGUUUGGAAUGGAGGACAUUGAAGCUCGGCUUAAUGAUUUGUUUCAGGGAAGCAGUGGAUCAAAUGGGGGCCGAAAGUGAUGGUAGGAAGGUACUGAUUCUUGUGUGUACGUAUGAAUGAGGUUGAAGUGUAAUUAGAAUACAAAGUUUUGGAUGUCACAAAUGUAGUGUUAAAAAUUUGUGACCUCGUGCUAUUUAUGUAUAGCACUGUAUGUUUUUUUGGUUAGGAAUUAGAAUCAUUAUGUUAUAUAUUAUUUUUUUAUAUUCUGAAGUUAAUACCAUCUGAGUUUGAUGAAUUAUGUAAACGCUUCUGUUGUAAAAUUUGGGUUCCAAUUGGUGAUUUGCUUCAACUGUUACAUUAUUGCAGGACGAGUUUAAAAUUUGAUUGCUUAGAUUUAUGACACAAGUUUGAUUACUUAGAAUUAUGACUGAGCAUACUUGAUCACGAAAUUUAAUAAAUUUGAUCAAUAUAUGUCCAUUUCCUCUUAUAGUUUUAGUUUUCUCAGUUCAAGGCUAGAGUCCUGACAGUUACAGGGACUAGGAUGAUGAUCUCUUCUUUUUGUGUGUUGGAAAAAGGAUUUGGGUCCUGUCUCUGUUAGUUUUAGCCAAGAAGAUUCGUUCAUAAGCCUUUGUGAGUAGGCUAAUGGCGGUUUCGGUUAAGAAAUUUGGUAGUUUUCAGUAGUUAGUGGAGUGGGUUAGGGCUACUAGUUUAGUUAUUGGGUUGUUUUAUUAAUGUGUUGAUUUGUGAGAUUCAUAAACACUAUUUAUUCAUGUUUUUUAA